CAAUAACACCGCAACCUGCACUGCCAACAAACAAGAAUUCGAGAUCGGGAGAGGGCGCAGAGAAGCUCUGUUUUGCCCAAGAACAUUAUAUCAUCUCAAACGGACUGAACAAUUACGCAGUCAUCCAAUCCAAAACUCAUGAGCACAACAUACUUUUUACCUCAUUCCUAGCUUCCGUGACCAACAAAAGAAGAAUCAAGAGCAGGAUGUCCUCCUCCGAUCCACCACCACCACCGACACCAUCACAAAGCGAAGGCAGCAGAGGCGCCGGUCCUACAACCACCAAACCCUUCUCCCUCUCCCUGGGCAAAGGAGGAAACACUCCGAACAGCGGCAGCGACGGCGACCCUCCCAAGAAACCAACCACCACUUUCAAUCUCAAACCCACCAAGCCCACCGACCCCUCCUCCACAACUCGCACCCUCCCCCUAGCGCGCGGUCGCCGCCCCCACCAGCGCCUCCAUGAUGACUCCGACUCCGACGACGAGCGCAGCCGCGCCCCCGCCCACGAAGAAGUCACCGGCUUCGACACAGCCACAGGCUCAGCCGUCUCCGCCGCCGACGAAGCCGCCAAGCAGCCGCUCGUAAUCCCCGUCGCGAGCAACAACAACUGGCGCGAUCGGCCCGGUCGUCGGCCGCGCGGCACAAAGAACCUGCUGCCUAAGGAGGUACAGGCUAUCCAGGAGGCGCAGAGGCGCGGUGAUGGCGGCACGGGCGUUAUCGUCGAGACUGAGGGACCGAGUAUGGCUUAUGGGUUGAGUUUUGCUAAGCAAGAUGUGGAUCAGGGUGGGGAUGGGAAUAGGGAUACGGGGAUGGAGGAUGUUGAGGUGGGUGAGAAACAGGAAGAGAGGAAGCCUAUGACGCAGGAUGAGAUUGCGUUGCAGGCGCUCAUCAGGGAGAGUAAAGGGGAGACUGCCGAGGGGGGUCGUUCGGAUUUGGUCAUCGAGGCUGCGGUUCCUGCUACUGCUGAUGAGUCUAUGAGGUAUGAUGAGACGGGCUCGUUUCGCGCGGAUAUGGCCUCUAGGCCUGAGUCGGCGACGUUGGAUCAGUAUAAUGCUAUUCCUGUGGAGGAGUUUGGUGCGGCGUUGCUCCGGGGUAUGGGCUGGAAGGAAGGGCAGGCGGUUGGGAAAGGGAAGUAUGGCGGUGCGGCUGGUGCUGCUGCCCAGGGGAAUAAGGCGCGGGUUCCGGAGCGGAGACCUGGGUUUCUGGGUAUUGGGGCUAAGGAUGUUUCGGGGGGCAAAGGGGCGGAGGCGGAGUUGGGAGCGUGGGGUAAGGCGGCGAUGCGCAAGGGGUCGAGGAAGGCGGCUGCUGGGCAGGAGGGGGAGACCAAUACUGAAGGCGUCUAUAUGCCGGUCAUGAUGCGCAAUACGAAGACGGGCGAGUUCAUCACCGAGGAGGAAUUGUCGACGCUGAAGAAGGAGGCGAAGAAGCGCGGCGACGACGACGACAAUUGGAAGGCUAGGCGCGAUCGCAAUCUCGAGAGGAGCGGGCGUGAUCGAGAUUAUCGUCCCAGGGACCGUGAUCGCGAUUCCCGACCGAGGGACUAUGAGGACCGGGACGGUGAUCGCUAUGAGAGACGCAAGAAUGGCUCUUCGAGGAGGGAUCGCAGUCGGUCGUCUAGCGAUCAGCAGUCGAGACGGCGCAGGUAUGAGGAGGAGGGCAGCGAUAGUCGUGAUGAUCGUUACUACCGCGAUAGAGACAGAGACCGUGACUCGCGUCGAGAUCGUGAGAGGGACAGAGACAGCAGGGACAGGGAUAGAGACCGCGACAGGAGCCACCGGUCUCGCGACGAUGAUCGCUACAGUUCGAGGCACUCCUCGUCGAACACCUCGAGCAGACAUCGCGAUCGCGAUCGUGACCGAGACCGAGACCGAGACAGUGAUCGCGACUCGCACCGGAGACGGAGAUAUGACGAUCGGUAAGACGCUAUAGAAUAUGCAUACGAACAAUACACAUCUAUAGUACAGCCAACAAAAGCCUCCUUCGUUCUUCAAAAAGAUGUCGCAUUAUCACCCAAAGGAACAUAACUUUUACAUGCCGGAUAUCCUCCCCAGAAGAAUCAUUGAGCAAGGCAGCAGGACUCCGCUCAUAGCGCCAGUGUAUCACA